GUCAUUUGCAAUUAUUACAAAAGAUUAGUGAAUAAAUCGUUCAAAUCAAAGCAGUUUGUAGUUCAUGACACCUAACAAAUAGUUACACAAAAGUUUGUUUCUGAGGUAAAAAGAAACCGUUUGGGUUUAGGUGUCAAAUGUCAGCAUGUCAAAACAUGCCUAAUUUAUGACGGAAAAAUUGCAGCCAUUAGUGAACUGCAGGGUUUAGAGAUUGUGUUUACAGAACAUUUAGAUAAACCCUCGGUUGAGGACAAAACAUCCUUUAAAUAACGUCAUAAUUCAGGGAAUAUAAACUUUCAAUGCUCAAAACAAUCAAAAGCUGCUGGUGUUAUGUUAUAUUAGCUUAAUUUGUCUAACAAACCAAGUUAAACAUGACUAGAACGGAGACAGACAGUUGUAAAUAGACAGCUGAGGAACUCUGAAUAUUAAUGAAGUAAAGUUUGUUUCAAACUCCUUAUGACGUUGCACUCGACAAUCACUCUACUUCCGCUUCCUCUAAAGUCAGCUGAUUUCAUCGGGUGACUGUUGACAUCGAUCGAGGCCAGAGAACUUACAAAAGUAACUUUUAUAAGUUCAAAUGACAGUCGUAUAAAGUUUAUUUUAUGUAAAACGGUCCACCGGCAUCUCUGAGUAACUGAAAACUAACAAGCUUGUAUUAUAGAAAUGGCUUCUUUGCUUUUCUGCGGUCCUAAACUAGCAGCAUGUGGACUGGUCCUGAGCAUUUGGGGUGUUAUUAUGCUGGCAAUGCUGGGGAUUUUUUUCACGACACAUUCAGCUGUGCUCAUAGAGGAUGUGCCUUUCACAGAGGAAGACAUGCACGAUGAUGAGACUGCACUGCAAAACAUCUAUAAAUUGUACAACCAAGUUGGAUACAAUUGCUUCAUUGCAGCAGUAAUCUACGUUGGCAUAGGAUUCCUGUCAUUUUGUCAGGUUCGCCUGAACAAACGCAAGGAAUAUCUGGUGCAUUAGUACCACCUAGUGAAUGGAGUAUAACUCUACCUCUAAAUUCCUUUGUUGUGUUGUAUGUAAUGCUGCAUUUGCCCUAAAAUGAAGCUUAAAUGAUUGUAGAUAUUUAAGAUGGAAUAAGAUUAUGUAUUUUACUGUGCUUUUCUUUAUUGCCUUUCUAUCUCGAAACCUAUCAGAGAAUACAAGAUGUGUGCGCUUAACCAUUAUGAUUAUGUGGUACCUCACUAGUGUGCCUUUUAUAGUGCUCUUCUGAUCAUUGGACCUACCAAAUGUCACUAAAUGAUUUAAUUGUGAUUUUAUUUAUACUUAAGUAUAAAAGUAAAUGUUGAAUUGAAUUUCACCUUGGUUCUGUUGUCACAAUAAAUGACUCAAAAUUUUGCUUA